AUGAGGAUUGAAAACUGCACUGUGUUUACUGACUUUAUCUUCUUAGGACUCUCUGGCAAGCAAGAUGUGCAGCUGGGGCUCUUUGUUCUCUUCCUCCUUGUUUAUGGAAUAACUGUGACUGCCAAUCUAGGGAUGAUAUUGCUGAUCAAGAUGGACUCCAGACUUCACACGCCCAUGUAUUAUUUCCUGAGCAGUCUGUCUUUCUGUGAUGUCUGCUACUCCUCCACUGUCUCUCCCAAGAUGCUGGCUGAUUUCUUAUUGGAGCAAAAGAGGAUUCCAUAUAAUUUAUGUGCCAUUCAGAUGUAUUUUUUUGGGGCUUUUGCAGACAUGGAAUGUCUCAUGUUGGCUGUCAUGGCCUAUGAUCGUUACGUAGCAAUUUGCAAUCCGCUUCUUUAUACAAUUGCCAUGUCUGGGAGAAUCUGUAUGCAGCUAGUGGCUGCUGCCUUCAUUGUAGGCUUGGUGGAUUCAGCAAUCCAUACUAGCUGCACAUUUCGAUUGUCCUUCUGCAAUUCAAAUGUCAUCAAUCACUUUUUCUGUGACAUUCCACCCUUGCUAGCCCUCUCAGGCUCAGAUACAUCCAUCAAUGAGAUAGUGAUGUUCACUUUCAUUGGUUGUGUGGUGGGCUGCAGCAUCGUCACUGUCCUACUCUCCUAUAGUUGUAUCAUAGCGACCAUCCUUAGGAUGAAGUCAGCCGAAGGCAGGCACAAAGCCUUCUCUACAUGUGCCUCCCAUUUAACGGCUGUAGCUGUAUUUCAUGGAACUCUCCUAUUCAUGUAUUUCCGACCCAGCUCAAGUUACUCAAUGGACACAGACAAAAUGGCCUCUGUUUUCUACACCGUUGUCAUCCCUAUGUUAAACCCACUGAUCUAUAGCUUAAGGAACAAGGAUGUGAAAGCUGCCCUGAAGAAAGCGAUCAGCACUACACUCUCUUCUGGAUGA